UAAUAAAUAUGUUUAAAAAAAAAAAGAACGUGAGCAUGUGAUCUAGGCACCUCACGAGCAGUGCGUUUCCCCCGCACGCGCGGUAUAGCGGCGAUUCUCUCUCUCUCUCUCUCUAUACACACACACACACACACACACUCAACGACCUGCACUCUCUGGUCGGAGAGGAGAGGAAUCGCCCGCGUGGUGGGGAAUGUUUUCACACGCAUGCACGUGGUAAAUAACGGAUUUAUCAGACGGCAGCUCGUGCGAAGGGAAAAAAGGCGGAGAGAGAAAGAGGAGGAAAAAUAAUAAUAAUAACGGAGACCUGCACCGAAAACGCCGCUCACACACACACACACACACACACACACAAUGCACACACGCACACAGCGCGCGCGCGCAAAAUCCUUCAAGAGAUGAGCGCGAGGCUUUUUUGAAUCCUUGCGCGAGCGCGUCUCAGCCGGCGCGAGCCGUUGGCCGUUGGGGGAAUUUAAACUGUAACGGAAGAAAAAAAAAUAGAUUACGUUUGUUUUAUUUUUAUUUUAUUUUAUUUAUUUCUUCAUUAUUUUUAUUAUUAUUUUAGCGUCGCGACUGUAAAACACACAGAAGGACUACGGAGAAACGCUACCUUUGUGUGUGUGUCAUCAUGAAAAUACGCCACUACAAUGAAAGUUUGCCAUCAUCUGCCGAACAAGCAGCCUGGUGUGACUCCUCAGAGCUGAUGAUUAUUUUUUUCCCCCUCCUAUCUGAACACAUCUGAACUGAAACAAGAACCGGAAGUUUACACGAUGAAGAGGAGGCAGAAGCGCGUGCUGCAGAUGGCGUUUUUAUUUACGCUGGCUCUCAUUUUCUUGCCCAACGUGGGUCUGUGGUCACUGUACAGAGAGAAACACCUGAUGAAGGCGCACGAAGGAGACGAGCAGGGGUUUGCGCUCGGACUGGGUGAUGGACACGUUUACAGCUGGACAGACGGCUUGAGGAGGAGAGACUGGCACGACAACGAGAGCAUCCGGAGAGAUGAGAUGCGAGUCGGUAAAGGCGAGCAGGGGAAGCCGUACCCGCUAGCCGAGGAUGAGUGUGACGACUCUGUGUAUAAAGAGAACGGCUUUAACAUUUACGUGAGCAACAACAUCGCACUGGAUCGCUCGCUGCCUGACAUCAGACACCCCAACUGUAAGCAGAAGCUGUACCUGGAGAAUCUCCCCAACACCAGCAUCAUUAUCCCGUUCCAUAACGAGGGCUGGAGUUCGCUUCUCCGCACCGUCCACAGCAUCGUGAACCGAACUCCAGAUCACCUGAUUGCUGAGAUUGUUCUGGUGGAUGACUACAGUGAUCGAGAGCACCUAGGGGUCCGUCUGGAGGAGUACAUGUCCAGAUUUCCGAAGGUGCGGAUCGUACGAACGAAGAAGCGUGAGGGUUUGAUACGCACUCGCCUCCUGGGAGCGUCUGUGGCUAAAGGGGAAGUGCUCACCUUCCUAGACUCGCACUGCGAGGCCAACAUCAACUGGCUGCCUCCUCUGCUCGACCAGAUAGCCCAGAACCCCAAGACCAUUGUGUGUCCUAUGAUUGACGUCAUCGACCACAACCACUUUGGAUAUGAAGCUCAAGCUGGAGAUGCUAUGCGAGGAGCUUUUGACUGGGAGAUGUACUACAAACGCAUCCCUAUCCCUCCCGAGCUCCAGGGACCCGACCUCAGCGACCCUUACGAGUCUCCAGUGAUGGCUGGUGGUCUGUUUGCUGUGAAUCGUCAGUGGUUCUGGGAGCUGGGAGGCUAUGAUACAGGCCUGGAGAUCUGGGGAGGAGAGCAGUACGAGAUUUCAUUCAAGGUGUGGAUGUGUGGAGGCAGUAUGUAUGACGUGCCAUGCUCCAGAGUGGGCCACAUCUACAGGAAGUACGUACCCUACAAAGUGCCCUCAGGAACGAGCCUGGCCCGAAAUCUGAAGCGAGUGGCAGAGACAUGGAUGGAUGAGUACACGGAGUACAUCUACCAGCGGCGUCCGGAGUAUCGCCACCUGUCCACGGGAGACCUGACCGCUCAGAAGGAACUGCGCAAACACCUCAAGUGUAAAGACUUCAAAUGGUACAUGAACACGGUGGCGUGGGACCUGCCCAAAUACUACCCUCCUGUAGAGCCCUUACCUGCCGCCUGGGGAGAGAUCCGCAACGCAGCGUCAGGGUUGUGUAUCGACUCCAAACACGGCUCGACAGGAACAGAGCUCCGUCUGGACAGCUGCCUGAAAGAGGGAGCAGAGAGAACUUGGGCACAUGAACAGAUCUUCACCUUUGGCUGGAGGGAGGACAUCAGGCCCGGGGAUCCUCUACACACCAGGAAGUUGUGUUUUGACGCCAUCUCUCAAAGCAGUCCUGUCACUCUGUACGACUGCCACGGCAUGAGGGGCAACCAGCACUGGAGCUACCGCAGGGAUAAGUCUCUUUACCACCCAGUGAGCAGCGGAUGCAUGGACUGCAGCCCCUCAGAUAAGCGGAUUUUCAUGAACAAGUGCAAUCCCGAGUCUGCGACACAGCAGUGGCUAUUCCAGAGAGUCAACGUCACCAUCCUGGACAAAUUCAACAGCGCCACCACUUCCUAGGACCCUCGGAAACGCAGCCAGCCAGUGGACUGGCUCCCAGAAUCCUUAGCGAGGGGGGUAGAUUUACUUAGUGUCUGAGUGUGGCCCCCCAUACCUCCUCCCCCUCCUCCCAAAAUGCCCACACGUGCAGGAGCAGACGAGGAAGGGGCGGCUCGUGAGCGAGGGAAUUGGGAUGGGGCCGAACCUGGAAGACUAAUGCGACACUCAGAUGGCGUGCAGGUCAAGGAGAACCUGUUCACAGCCAAACUCUCUCUCUCUCUCUUUCUGUCUCUCUCUCUUUCUCUCGUUCUUUUUUCAGCUUGGCCCCAGUCAUUUCUAACACAACAGUGCUCUGUUUAAAUAUCGUUCCUCCUCACUCUAUCGAUAGCGCAUGGUGGAUUUGUACUAUACCAGAGACCGGAAGUGACGUUUUAGCAUCUCUGUGGUUAAGAGGAGGUCUGUUCGAAACUGUAUAUUUAUUUCUAUUUAUUUGGUCGUAUUUUUGCAAGGAUAAAUUAUUCUGUGUGUAAUUGACUUUGUUUAACCUCCACCAAGGGUAAGGCUAGAAAUCAGAUUUGCCCCACGGAGCUGGAGAUGAUAGGAUUAAAUAUUUUCCUUGUUUGUUUAUUUUUUUUGUUUUCUUUUCUUUCACUGAGAAUCAUGCCCUUUCCUGCCCUAGUUCCUACCAUGGAAAUUCUAAAUAAAGCAAAAAAAAAAAUGAGUAAGAAUG